GAUCGUGAGAUGUCUUGGCUUAGACCCAUUGAGCCCUAGACUUGGUUCGGAGUUUGGUUAUAAGCCGGCGUUACCGUGCCAAAUACCACCCAUAAAGCGUAGGGCUGAAAUCAGACAUCUUCCAUAAGCGCUGUAGGAGGUACCUAAUACAAUCUGGUUCAGCUUGAAAGAUACUGAUGCGCGAGCUUCACAAAUCAACGAUAUAGGCAGGAAAGUGCUCUAAGUACCCCAAACAACAUGUCAGCACACGCAAAAUCACCGUUGCGGUCAUUAUUCCUAAUCGAAGGCCUCAUGAAACUAGCAGGAGGAUUAGUAUUUAUACUCUCUCCUCAAACCCCGCUGUCCGUCGCGGUGGCGGCACCUAUCCCGCCCAUCGCACUAUUAUUAAGCCGGCUGCUAGGCACUCAGACGUUUACGCUAGGGAUAUCUAUGCUGCUCGCUUCGGCGAGGACGCCAACGGCAGCGUCGAGCAGACGCAUAGUCUAUUGGACCGUGUUCGCGAGAGACGCUACUUUGGCGACGGUGCUGGCCUUGCAGCUAUGGCUCGGAGAUAACGCGGACGUGCUGGGCUUCUCGCCAAAUGGACUGCGCGCGUGGCUCGCGGAGCUGAUGCCCUUCUGCUUGGGCCAUCUGUGGGUUCUGACGGCGAAGUCGCAUUGGUUUUGAUACCUGGUGCCUAUUAUGAAUGCUUAGGUACCUGGUACCUUGCAGCCACAUGGCGAGGCCGAUAUGAUAUAUCAUCAUAAGCUGAAGUUGGCGAGAAGCAUGUUAGUCAGCAUUAGUAUUUUGUGGAACAGGGAUAGCAUCCUUAGAUAGGGGAGCAUCGCAUGAAAAACGACUUGUGGGAGACCUUAUUUUUUUGAUAUAUCAUUUCAGGUGACCGGCCGUAGCGAAAACUACCUCAGACGACAGAAUACGUUCGGGUAGGUAACACGCAACAUGUACAACAGGGAUGAGGUAUAUUAUCUAUUUAUGACGAAAAAGAAUAUUACUACUCAUUGGGUAUCUUCGGGGUAAUUUCUCCAACAG